GACCCAAACCUCCCACCCUUGAAGAUUUGGGUCUCUCUCUCUCUCUCUAUCUAAAACCUUAUCGUCUCUCACUCCUCUUCUUCUCUGCACAGCUCACAACCAUCCCUCAACCCAAACCCUUAUCAAAAACCCUCUCAACCCUAAGAAAAACCACUCAAACCCAAACCCAACAUCUACAACUCUCUCAAAUUUCGAUUAUUUGGCGCAAACGACGGCUCAAAUUCUCUCUCUCUCUCUCUCUAAAGCCUUAUCGUCUCUCACUCCUCUUCUUCUCUGCACAGCUCACAACCAUCCCUCAACCCAAAUCCUUAUCAAAAACCCCUCAACCCUAAGAAAAACCAUUCAAACCCAAACCCAAACCCAACACCUACAACUCUCUCAAAUUUCGAUUAUUUGGCGCAAAACGACGGCUCAAAUCAAUGGACUCCAACCAAUCCACAUCUCAUUUCUCCAACUCUUCGUCACCAUCAUCAGGUUCUUCUUCUAUCGAUAUCUCUCCUCCUUUUGAUUCUCAAAUCGAUACUUUUGUCAAAACCAAUGCUUUCAACUCUGAUUCCAAACCUAUCAACAGUAAUACUAGUAUUAGAAGUAGUAGUUCUGAUGAUGGGGGUUUUGUGAGUGGUGACGAAGAGUUUGAAACUGUGUCGGAGAAGCCUGUUGUGGUUAACCCAGAUGAAGAAACCCCAGAAAAGGUUGUGGAAGGGGUGGACAUUCGCGACCCUGUUUUGGGUUCUCCAGAAUUUUACACUCCGAUGCCGGUUGCGGUCGCCAUGCCUGUUGAUGAUGUCGAAAAAUUUCCUAAAGCUAGGGUUUUGUGGGGUGAGGAGGUUGAAAAAGAUGGAGUUGUUGAUGGAAUGGGCUCGAAUUCCACUGUUGGUGAUGGUGUUACUGAUUCGAUUCCAUUCGAUGCCAUGGAGUCUUUUGAGGAAAAGCCUGAAAUUUUGGUAGAAAUGUUGGGUGAGAAGUCGAAUUUGAAUGAAUCGAUUGAAGAAGGUGGCUUCGGUGUGACCCAUGAUGGCUCUGCUGAGGUUUUAACUGGUUGUAAUGGAGAUAAGGUGGCUGAUACUUCGAAAUUGGAUGAGGUUGUUGUGAGUUCUGAAGUUGGAGAGAGCUUGGUGUUGGAUGGUGAGAAGGUUGAGGAGGAGAAGAAGAGUGAGGCUUUGAGUGGUGAAGAAUCAUCAGUUUUGAGCCCUGACAGUAACCAACUUGAAGAUAAGAUUGUAGAACCAGUAAACUCGGAGUUGGCGGGAGAAGAUGGGGUGAAAUUUACCACUAAUGGAGACUCUGUUGUUGAAUCCAUACGGGUCAACUUGUCGGAGCCAGGAGCGGCUGUGGUUGGCGAGACGGAGGUAAGCAAGGAUCAGGUAAACCCAGCCGUGGUUAGUGGAGGAUUCGUUAAUGGGUCCGAUGAUAAAAUUAGCCAUGAUGUUGAGAAAGCUGAUGAUUCAGACGUGGUUAAAGUUAAUACUGAUUUUGAAAACAAUAUUGAAACUUCAACCAACCGGAGUGUGGAAGUGGAAGAAUCAGAGCCAUUAGGUGAGCAAGAAGCUGAUUCCAAGGCCGUGGUUAAGAUUUCUGCUGAUGGAGGUGAACUUGUGUCUAGCAAUGAAGUAGUUGGUGCGGAUAGAGAUGGGUUGCAAGGAGUGGACUUUGUAGAUGACUCUACACUCUCUAAUCCAGCUCAGGAGGCAAAACACCGUGACCUCGAUGGUGCUCAGGAUGAUGGAUUAGAAGAAGAGUUCUCUGAUGAAUCUGGUUUGAUUCAGAACUCACAGGUACUACUAGAAGCUGAAGACGAAGGGAAAAACCAUACAGAUGAAGGCGGCAAUAUUGGAGGCUCAUUUUCAGAUGGGGAGACUGAUGGUAUGAUAUUUGGAAGCUCUGAAGCUGCCAAACAGUUUAUUGAGGAGUUGGAACGGGGAGCUGGUGCUGGUUCUCAUUCUGGUGCAGAGAGUUCUUAUGAUCAGCAACAGAGAAUUGAUGGUCAGAUUGUCAUAGAUUCGGAUGAAGAAGCAGACACUGAUGAAGAAGGAGAGGGAAAAGAGUUGUUUGAUUCUGCUGCAUUGGCAGCUCUAUUGAAAGCAGCAACAGGAGGUGGCUCAGAUGAUGGCAAUAUCACAAUAACUUCUCAAGAUGGAUCGAGGCUGUUCUCAAUUGAGCGUCCUGCUGGUUUGGGAUCCUCAAUCAGGCCUUCCAAACCUGCUACCCGGCCAAAUCGGUCCAGCCUUUUCACUCCUACUGGUCUCACAACUGGGGGAGAAUCUGAAAAUAGCUUGAGUGAAGAAGAUAAAAAGAAACUGGAGAAGUUGCAGUUAAUAAGGGUGAAAUUCUUGAGGCUUGUUCAGAGAUUAGGUGCUUCUCCUGAUGAAUCUGUAGCUUCACAAGUUCUAUACCGAAUAGCACUCAUUGCUGGGAGACAAACAGGUCAAACUUUUAGCCUUGACGAUGCCAAGAGGACUGCUAUGCAGCUUGAAGCAGAGGGGAAAGAUGAUUUGGACUUCUCUGUGAACAUCCUCGUUCUUGGAAAAUCUGGAGUGGGCAAAAGUGCGACCAUAAAUUCUAUUUUUGGUGAAGAGAAAGCUUUAAUUGACGCAUUUGAACCUGCCACUAUGAAUGUGAAGGAGAUUAGUGGAACAGUUGAUGGAGUUAAGAUUAAGGUCUUUGAUACGCCCGGUCUCAAGUCUGCUGUAAUGGAACAGGCUUUCAACCGCAGAGUCUUGUCUUCUAUAAAAAAGUUCACAAAGAAAAGUCCCCCAGAUAUUGUCCUUUAUGUGGACCGGUUGGAUACCCAGACUAGAGAUCUUAAUGAUUUGCCAUUACUUAAGAUGAUCACUAGUUCUCUGGGCCCAUCUAUCUGGCGUAGUGCCAUAGUCACCCUUACACAUGCUGCUUCUGCACCGCCAGAUGGACCAUCUGGUUCUCCUUUGAGUUACGAGGUUUUUGUAACUCAAAGAUCCCAUGUUGUUCAGCAAUCCAUUGGACACGCAGUCGGUGAUCUGCGAAUGAUGAGUCCGAGUUUGAUGAACCCCGUUUCUCUUGUUGAGAACCAUCCUUUGUGUCGCAAAAACAGAGAAGGCCAAAAGGUGCUCCCCAAUGGCCAAACUUGGAGACCACAGUUACUGCUAUUGUGCUACUCUAUGAAGAUCUUGUCAGAAGCAAGUUUUCUCUCAAAACCUCAAGACCCAUUUGACCACCGGAAGCUCUUUGGCUUCCGUGUUCGCUCACCGCCUCUUCCAUACAUGUUGUCUUCAAUGUUGCAGACUCGGGCUCAUCCGAAACUUCCCAGUGAUCAGGGUAUUGAGAAUGGUGAUUCUGAUAUUGACUUGGCUGACUUGUCGGAUUCCGAUCAAGAAGAAGAGGAAGAUGAAUAUGACCAGCUCCCACCAUUCAAGCCCCUUAGGAAAUCUCAACUUGCUAAGCUUAGCAAAGAACAGAGGAAGGCAUAUUUUGAAGAGUACGAUUAUCGGGUGAAACUCCUUCAAAAGAAGCAGUGGAGAGAGGAGUUGAAAAGAAUGAGAGAGAUGAAGAAGAAAGGGAACGAUGCUACUGCAAAUGAUUAUGAUUUCGUAGGAGAAGAUGCCGAUCAAGAAAAUGGAAGUGCAGCGCCCGUGUCGACUCCAUUACCUGACAUGGUCUUGCCGCCUUCCUUUGAUAGUGAUAGUCCAGCAUACAGGUACAGGUUCUUGGAGCCAACUUCACAAUUUUUGGCAAGGCCAGUUUUGGACACUCAUGGUUGGGACCAUGAUUGUGGGUACGAUGGGGUCAACCUCGAACAGAGUCUAGCCAUUGCGAGUCAGUUUCCAGCAGCGAUUUCUCUUCAAAUCACAAAGGAUAAGAAAGACUUCAGCAUCCACUUAGAUUCCUCAGUUUCUGCCAAGCACGGGGAGAAUGGAUCGAGUAUGGCCGGCUUUGACAUUCAAACUAUUGGAAAACAACUUGCCUACAUCGUCCGAGGUGAAACCAAAUUCAAAAAUUUGAAGAAGAACAAGACAGCUGCGGGGUUUUCUAUUACCUUCUUGGGUGAGAAUAUUGCUACUGGAUUGAAGGUUGAGGAUCAGAUUGUGUUGGGAAAGCAAUGGGCUUUGGUGGGUAGUGCUGGGACCGUUCGAUGUCAAGGUGAUGCGGCAUAUGGAGCCAAUUUUGAAUUGCAGCGUCGGGAGCUAGAUUACCCUAUUGGCCAAGUCCAAUCCACAUACGGGCUCUCUUUGAUUAAAUGGAGGGGGGACUGGGCUUUAGGGUUCAACACUGUAGCUCAGUUUUCCAUGGGACGUAGUUCAAAGGUGGCUCUUCGAGCAGGAAUCAACAAUAAACUCAGUGGGCAGAUCACUAUAAGAACAAGCAGCUCGGAGCAUCUGUCUAUUGCACUCGCGAGUAUUAUUCCGAUUGCCACUGCUGUCUACAAAAAACUCUGGCCUGCUGUUGGUGAAAAUUACUCAAUCUACUAGAUGCAAUUUCAUUCAGGUUGUUGCAGUCUUUAAUCCAUAUUAAAAAUGGCAUCAACAACUAGAUAGCUCGAGCAUGGUUUAAUCUUCAUCAUUUUCUUGAGUAAUGUUUUAAUUUAUUUAAUUAGAACUUCUGCUGAUAUUUUGGCGUAAUGAACUGUAUUAAAUGUGAGAUGGAACUGAGAGGGAGCACAUUAUCGAUUGUUUUAUUAUGUCUACUUUAUUGAAUAAUUUAGAAUUACCUUGUGUGCUCUAUUGUUGGAAAUUGAUGGCUGCUGUAUUUAUUGUGCUA